AUGGACCGUAAAUUAAAUACAGCAGAAAUUUUCAAAUUAAUUGAUUUAUAUCGUUCCCAUCCAAUUUUAUGGGAUUCGACUAGCAAAAUGUUUAGACGAAAGGAUUUAAGAACAGAAGCGUAUAAUGACAUUGCUUUCGAAAUGGGCAUGACUGUUGAAUUUGUACAGAAGAAAAUACAUUCAAUACGAUCUACUUACACGGGUGAAAUAAGAAAAAUGAAUAGUGGAGAUGAGUACGUAUCGCAUUUAUGCUGGUUUAAUGAAAUGACUUUUUUGGACAGCUCAAUUGCCACUAGGAAAUAUGGCGAGAGUUCAAAGGUUUGUUUAAAUCAGACCAAAGUAAAACAUGCUUCUAUAAAUACUAAAAAACAUAAAAAAAUAGCCCCGCUAAAAGAAGAUGCCCCUUCAUCGUCGUCUAAAAUUUAUGAAUAUUCUUCACUGGAAACUAAAAAUGAAGACAACAGGGAUAACUUCUAUGACAUAAAUACUCAAACAAUGGACUCAAAUGAUUCAAGAGAUUCUGGUUCAAUAGCAAGUCCCUCCGUUAUAGAGGUAAAACCUGAACGGGUACAAGAAGUCCAUGUAAAGGAUUGCAUAAAUGAGUUGGAACAUGGAACAGCUUUUGACGAUGAAAUCAUUGAUGAUAACAAUGCAGAAUCAACGUCCACACAACAACAUACAGAUCAAGUUUUGCUUCCUGACAAUUUUGUGGAGCCUAAAGUAAAGAAACCGAAAAAGAAACGCGGUUUCAGUGAUCCGUUAAAUGAUUCUGAUGAUCUCCUAACUGAAAGACCAAAGUUAGUGCCACGUCAAAAGAAGAAAAAUGAAAAACCAGUAUCCGAUGAUCCUUUAGACGAAUCUACAUCUUCCAGCAAUGACCAUUUUGAACAAUGGGCCAAAAAGAAAAUUCAAUUACUGGAAAUAGAAUUACUAGAAAUGCGAAACUAUAAAUUCAAAUUGGAACUGUACGAAAAGGAGCAGCAGUUACGUCUGUCUUGUUCGAAAUUCACUAGAGAUAUCAGAGGCAACUGAUAAAACCAUUAUUGUGUGUACAUAAAUAUUUUUUUUUUUUUUAUAAAAAACUUUUAUACUAUGUAUAAGUAUUUUCCUGUAUUAUAAUUGAAAAUUAAUAAAAAACAAACUUGAAUGAAA